CAUCAGCAGUGCUAUUUCUACCAAGCAAGGGCAAUAUGGCUUCAAGGAGAGAAGGGACUGAAUGCCCUAAAGCUGUUCAACCACCUUCACAAUUUCCUGAAGGGCAAUGGUCCACUGGGAUAUGCAAUUGUCUUGAUGACCCUUCUAACUGUUUGCUCACCUGUUUCUGUCCAUGCAUCACAUUUGGACGGAUAGCCGAGAUCCUUGACAGGGGAAACACAUCAUGUCUACUUCAAGGCCUCAUCUACCAUGCCAUGAGCCAUAUUAGCUGUGCGUGGCUAUAUGGUGGUAUUUACCGAUCUAAGCUGCGAGGUUUCCUUUCAUUACCAGAAGCUCCGUGCGCGGAUUGGUUGGUCCAUUGUUGCUGCUGUGUAUGUUCUCUGUGUCAAGAGUAUAGAGAGCUCAAAAAUCGUGGAGCUGAUCCCUCUCUAGGUUGGCAGGCUAAUGUUGAGAAGUGGAACCGAGAGGGACUUAAAGCCCCCUUUGUUGCGCCAGGCAUGGAUCGCUAAUAUUGCAGGCUGCGACCCAUGCUAUAUUUAUUCGGAGGAAAUAUAUUAGGCUAAUUGGUAAAAUAAUCCUCAAAUUAUUGGUCAAGUUCAACUUAGCCUCUAAUCUUUUAUUUUUUUUAGUUUUGACCUCUCGAACCAUCAGAUCAAAGCAACAGACGAAACAGAAGGGGUGAAUUGUUUUGACAUGAUAGGUCGAAGGAUCUAAUCAUAAAAUCAAAAGGUAAGGGUUAAAUUGAGAUUGACCAAUACUUGAGGGAUUAUUUUAUCAAUUAGCCAUAUUGUUACCCCCGGACAGUAAUAGCCCAACAAUAGUUACUGAUUUAUGGGAAUGAGAAGAAUUAUGGGUCUGUACUAUUUAUUAUUAUAUUCCUUUUGGCGCACCGUGGCGAUGCCUCCUGUUUCUGUAAUGUAUCUUUGUGUUUGGACCGUUUGUUUACCUCUUUCCUGGUUUCUUUCACUUGAGACAUUCCAAGUGUAAUUUGUUGAUUAAAAAUAAAUAUUGUAAUACUAAUUAAUGUUGGGCUAAAGGAAGUCCGCCUGCGUGGAUUGUGAUUUUUCAAUUAUUAUUUCUAUUUUCAUCAAGACUUUCCAAUUCCA